AUGGAGAACAGAAGGAAUGUGACAGAGUUUGUUCUACUGGGGCUCACAGAGAAUCCAAAGAGGCAGAAAGUCAUAUUUGUUGUGUUUUUGGUCUCCUGUGCCAUCACUGUGGUGGGAAAAGUGCUCAUCGUGGCCCCCGUCAAUGCCAGCCCAUCCCUGGGAUCUCCCAUGUACUCCUUCCUGGCCUAUCUCUCCUUUGUUGAUGCCUGCUAUCCUUUAGUCAACACCCCCAAACUGAUCAUAGACCCACUUCAUGAGAAGACCACCCUGUUCAAUGGGUGCACGACCCAAAUCUUCGGGGAACUUUUUGUUGGAGGUGCUGAGGGCAUCCUACUCACUGUGACGGCUCAUGACGGCUACGUGGCCAUUUGCAAGCCCGUGCGCUAUACAGCCAUCAAGAACCGGCGGGUGCAUGGCCUGCUCAUGGGAGUAGCGUGGGUGGGAGGCUUUCUGCAGGCAACCACACAGAUGCUCUUCAUCUUCAGAUUGCCCUUCUGCGGCCCUCAUGUCAUGGACCACCUUAUGUGUGAUCUGAACCCUUUGCUGAAUCUCGCCUGCAUGGAUCCCCACACUCUAGGGCUCUCCGUCGCUGCCAAAGGAGGGUUCGUCUGUCUGUUAAACUGCCUCCUCUUGAUAGUCUCCUGUGUGGUCAUUCUGCGCUCCCUAAGGACCCACAGCUUAGAGGCGAGGCGCAAAGCCCUCUCCACCUCUGUCGCCCGCAUCGCAGUGGUCAUCUUAGUUGUUGUGCCCUGCAUAUUUGUGUAUAUGAGACCCGCAGCUACUUUAGCAAUUGAUAAAGCAGUUGCUGUAUUCAAUGCUAUCAUAACUCCCAUGUUAAAUCCUUUAAUCUAUACUUUGAUAAAUUCCCAAAUGAAAGAUGCCAUUGGGGGAAUUAUUUCAGGUGACAAAUAA